AUGACACUCCACGAUUUGUUUCUCAUCAUGCUGCCAUACUUCCCAACCGUCCCGUCCACCCCGGAGCCGGAGGGCUGGGAUGCCGCCGAUGUCCUCCAGCUCGUGAACCCUAUCACGGGUAAAUGGUCUUGCCCCACCGUCACGAAAAGAAACCGACGUUGUGAGAACGUCGUGAGCCAACAACGGAGUAUGAAGGUCACCUUCAUGCUCGACACGAUGUCGGUGGAGGACGCUGGAGUGAUCGCGAGAGAUCACAACAGAGAGUUGACGGACUUGGCCGAAACCAUGCUUUGCCCUCUUCACUCCCGGGACGCGGAGAGCAGAGAAAAAGUCAAGGGAGUCGUGGCGCAGUGGAAGAAUCAUAUCAAGACUUCGCUGCGCCAGCAAGCCCAGUUGCGACCACUCAAUGUCAAUACGAAAGCUCCGACAGUCGACUACCAGCCCACCGAUGGUCAACGAGGCCGACGCUACGACGCACUCCCGGAGCCAACAGCCGCUGUUCCUCGGGUACAACCUCGAAUUCAGAAGACAGCCCUCGAUGUCUCCCCCGUGGCACAGGACGCACCUCCCAGCUACGGGGCGACCUUCGACCAGGCCGCGCUCGGUGACCUCAUGAGGACGUUCCAGAGCCUGACGCUGCAGAACCAUCAGCUCCGAGACCAGAACAAGAAGCUCCGGGAGCAGAAGGACUCGCUCGUCGAGAAGAGGGACGCGGCGGCCAGGGAGUACAAGAGGGCCAGAGGCGAGCUCGAGACGGUGGAGAAGGAGCGCGACGCGCUAGACGAGCAGGUAGAGGAGCAGUUCAAGGAGAUCAACACGCUGAGGGACCGGGAGGCGGAGCAGCUAGAGAGGAUUUCCACGCUGCAGGACACCUUGCAGAAGACCAGCAGCGCGUAUCGCAGGCUCAAACAGAUCUAG